UACUGGCAACACCUAUCUCCCUCGCUCGAACAUUUUGCUAGGUAGGGAGAGGGUUUUGCUUUCAGUCCAGCCAAAACUUUCUGCGUUUUUGUUGAAGGAGGCAGAAGUCAACGAAGCACAGUGAUGGUGAUCUAAAAAGAUGUUUUGGCUUGUCAUCCCCGAAAUAUAAACACUAUACAAACCGCGCUCUUUGUUCGUUCCAAGUCGGCAUAUCACCAAAAUUUCACAAUGAAAAUUACAGUGACCACUCUCAAUGACGAGAUUUUCGUCUUGGACGUCUCAGAAGAUCUGGAGCUGGAGAAUUUCAAGGCGUUCUGCGAAAUUGAAUCAGGAUUUCCCGCGAAAGACAUCACUUUGAACUUCAACGGCAAGCCUCUUCUGGACGAUAAGAAAUCAUUGAAGGAGCAUGGCGUGCACGACGGAGAUGUCAUCGUGCUGCUACAUAUGCUGCAAUCAGCGUCGAACCUCAACGUGAACGACUCGAGCCAAGCUUUGCCAUCAGGGUUGGCUAACUUAGACUUCAGCAACAUCCAAGUGCCGACUGGAGCGAGCACUUCUAUGGCUUCUCGAAAUCCACCAGUCGAGGAAGAUCCCCGUAUCAUUCGUGAGAUGUUUCUCGCGAAUCCAGACCAACUCGCAUUGCUCAAGCAGAACAAUCCAAGAUUAGCGGAUGCCCUUCUCAGCGGCAACCUUGAUACAUUUGCAUCGGUGCUUCGAGAACAAAUAUCUGCAAGAACGGAGCGCCAGCAACAAAGAAUAAGGAUGAUGAACUCUGACCCAUUCGAUACUGAAGCUCAAAGAAUGAUAGCCGAAGAGAUCCGGCAGAAAAAUAUUGAAGCCAACAUGGAAGCUGCCAUGGAGUACAACCCCGAGACUUUCGGCACAGUGGUCAUGCUUUACAUAAACUGUCAUGUCAAUGGAUUCCCGGUGAAAGCAUUCAUUGAUUCGGGAGCUCAAACAACCAUAAUGUCAGCUGCGUGUGCCGAGAGGUGCAACAUCAUGCGUCUUGUGGAUACACGAUGGGCCGGAAUUGCAAAAGGCGUUGGCGUCCAACGCAUCAUCGGCCGCAUCCACAUGGUGCAGAUGAGAAUCGAGAAAGACUUCCUCACGACCUCAUUCUCUGUGUUGGAAGAGCAGCCCAUGGAUAUGCUGCUAGGGCUUGAUAUGCUCAAGAGGCAUCAGUGCAACAUCGACUUGAAACGCAACGUUCUGCGCAUCGGGACCACUGGUACCGAGACCCCAUUCUUGCCAGAGUCCGACCUCCCGGAGUGCGCGAGACUGUCCGGGUACUCUGAAGACGAGAUCGUCAACCAAUCCGUGAAGGACCACGAGGAACGCCAGGUGAAGGAAGCCAUGGAGAAGUCCAGACAAGAAGAGGAAGCCCGCCCCUCGUCCGCUGCUCAAUCUACUGCCGGCGGCAGUGGACAAAGAGUUGGUCUGAACGACCCCAGCCAGACCAUUCUUCCGACUGACAAAUUUGGGGAGACUGAAGUUGAAGAAAUUCUUGCCCUCGGCUUUACCAGGGAGCAGGCCAUCGUCGAGUUGCGUCGCUUCAACGGUGACAAGACCCAGGCGACUGUUGCACUGUUUGCCAAGUCGCUAAAAUUCUGAUAUACGUUUAGAGGUUGUCGUCCAUGGAUCGUGCAGGGCUUUGAACUGCUCGAUGCCAUGAACCCGCCUACUCUCAUGUAAGCGACGACAACCGGACCCACCCCACGCAACCAACUGAUAUAUCCGCACAUCCGGACAAUUCUGAUUAUAUCCGCAAAUAUCACGAUUGUUUCACGGAUUUAGGUACUGCGCAGUCUUAGACUGCUUUAUUUUAGGAGUUUGGUGUCGUUUUACGCGUUACACGGAUCCUACAAUGAGGGUUUAUUUAGACUGAUGCACUAAAUAGCUAUUUUUAAAUGUCAACAUGACGUCUGUCAGUUGUCAAAUAAAAUUGGCGCCAUCUGGCAGUAAUCUCCUAUACUCUCCAAUUUGAAAUUGUAACCGUUAUCAGCUUUUCAUUAGGCAAUGUAAAUAGGAUACGUGUAACUCGUGUAUUUUAAUGAUAGUUCUAAUAAAUUUGACGUACUUAGGUAUUGAUAUAAAAACAUAAAUUGGUUUUAUACUUAUUAUUUUUUUAUAAUGCUCGUUCUUAGAAAAACACGUAUGGAAAUAUUUUAUUAAGCCCGACUGGGCAUCAUAAAGCACAAUUUUAUUAUAUAAUUUUAAAUUUAUUUACCACCUAUCAAUACCUACUUAUGUCUGACAUUAAUAAAUGUAUUAUGAUAGGCUAAAUCACAUUUAAUCCAACCUAAAUCUAUUGCAUAAUAUUAGUGCAUAUGAUCGCAUAUCGACCAGCAAACGUUCAAACUAAUAGUGUGGUUUACCCUUAUUUUCUAAAAAUAGAAUCUUUUCAAAGCAGUGGAAAUAAAACAAAUUUAAUUCUUAUAUCAACGAGGUAUGGAAUUGGUUGAAUUCGUAUCGCCACUGCCUUUUAAAGGCUCAAAUAGGAUAAACGCGACAGUGAACAGUAACUGUCUUAUUCAAUAUAGGUAUAUCAUUAUUUUACCAAGACUGUACUUUAUUAUUCGUCUAUUUUAAAUGUCGUAAGUGACAUCAAAUAUUCGGUCUAAUCAAAAGUGAUCUGUCAAACGGCCAUUUUGUAUCGCCGUCCUGUUUUGACAGCAUACGUCAGAUGACGAAAGGUCCGUUUGAGAGAACAUUUUCGUUUUGAAUAUAAUAUAGAUAUUUAGAUAAGGGAGGGAGGCUACAUGUAGGCGGUGACUGGUUAGCCUUUAGACAGGCAUUUAGCAGUAAUCAUGAUUAAAUAGUGAUACAAUGACAAUCUAGGCGUCUAUUGUGGGCGAGGUAGGUAGGUUUUAUACGAAUGAUGAAAUGGGGAGUGAAUUAAAAAAAAUUAUAUAUGACGCGUGGAGGAAGAGAAUAUAUUUUGUAUAAUAAUUUCAUUUACUUUUCAUUCUUUUUAAAUGUCGAAUCUACUUUCUUUUUUUCUUUAUCUAAGCAUAUAACUGGACAGUACGAAUAUUUGUCAAUAGUGAAUUGAUAUUAUACGUACCAAGUACGAAUUUAUUAUAAUACUCUACGUUCCUAUUUUAAAUUUAUAUACAGGGUUCCAAAUUUUAAUAUUGAACAGGUUUUUUUUACUGAAUAUAUUGUUUUAUAUACUUACUAAAAUCUAUUAGGAGGGUAGUUAGAACUUUAUAAUGAAUUGGCUCACAAUGGAUUGCCCUGUUAUGCUAAGUAAGUGUAUUGAAUAAUCACGUCAUUUAUCCAUUCUACUUUUUCUCCAUAGUAGGGAGUAAUUCUCAUGCAUAAUCAUUAUCAUAACUAAUCGUAAGAAGUAGAACCAGCAUCUUUAUCAAAUAUAUGUCUACUUUUGUCAAAAUUUGUGUCCGUUUACUCAAUAUGAAACACAUAAUGGGAUUUAUGAACGUGUUACCAUUAUAUACUUAGUGUUAUGAUUCGAUCACGUAGGGAAAAAAAAGAAAAGGCUACGGCUGAUAAAUAGAAAAGGCUACAAGGUCGGAACACGGGUUUACGCGCCUUGUUCAUCACUAUUGUCAACAAAGUGUUAGUAGUCAAAUAUUGUGGUAUGUACGGUGAGCUCAGGAGAUUGAUAGCCUUGAUUGGUGUAUGGAAGGUAGUCCGGGUAUUACCAGAGCCGUGUGUACUUGUCAAUUUCUUUAAUCGGUCGAAUCUUUGAAAGACUCCGUGUUAUACAUGUCAAUAAAAUAAUGAUCAAGCCCAUAUUUAUUAAUGAUUUUACUAAAAUGUUUUCCUUUUGUAUACUUCACAUUAUCUUUAAACUUCACACCAUUUUGCAGCAGAUGUAUUCAUUUGUAGCAUGCGCUCGCAUUUCGUCGCAUGCGUUUCUUUUUGUAAUUCUAAAAUAUCGAUAUUGAUUUUUGUAUUUAGUUUAGAUCUUACGUAAUAUAUUUUGUAUGUUUUAAAGGUUUGACAUAAAAA